CAGGGUGGGCGGGAGAGUGGGGACUGGAGCAGAGUUAGUGAGUUUGUGACCGUGGCUGAGGUAGGACGGAUUCUCUCGUACCGUCCCGAGAGCGGCUGUCUCGUGUUGUUUGUAGUUAACCUCGGGACCGACUCCGUGGAAACUGGCGUCUCUCGAAUACUUAUGUUUUUUCGCCACUCGGACAGCGUUGCUGUGUUAACCAGACCCUCUCUUCCUCCUCCUCCUCCUCCUCCUCCUCCCCCUCUCCUUACCCCCACGUUCCUUCACUAUUUUAUGAAGUUAUUCCCCCCAUUCUGAGAAUAUUUCCAUUUUUUUUUUUUUUUUUUUUGGUAAACUCAAUUUUAUAAAUCCGUGGUUCGAAUCGGGAACCACAGAGACAGAGGCUACUAGCUAGCAGGCAAGCAGAAGGCAAGCAGAAGGCAAGCAGGCAAGCAGCAGGGAUUCGGGACUGUCGUCACCCUUCGGUGUGGGUGACACAUCAUGUCACCCACACUAUACCCGACGCACGAGUCUCCUCCUCCUCCUCUUCCUCCGCAGGUGCCCCCUGAGAUCACAGCGGGGGGGCUGGGUCUCCUCGUGCCCUCUGGCAUGCCCUCGGGCAUGAGGUCCCUGGCGCAGACGCUGCCCGUGCUCAAGGUGCCCAACCUGAAGUACGAGGAUGACGAGGAAGACUCCGUCGGCGACCUAUACGUGGAGGGACCCGAACUAGGCCUUGGGGAUCUAACCACCAUGGCCUCCAACGCCGCCUGUUCCUUCCUGAACGGACUGUGCAUCGACGCCGCCGGAGGCGGAGGGGGCAUGAACGACACGGCCGACGGCGGGGGCAACUCGACGGAGAACUGCACGACGGUGGGCGGGGAGGGGGGCUUCGAGGCCCCCGAAAAGAACUACUGGACCUUACUCCUGCUGCUCUUCCCCGUCUUCACCGUCUUCGGGAACAUCCUGGUGUUGAUGUCUGUUUACAAGGAGCGUUCCCUGCAGACCGUCACCAAUUACUUCAUCGUCUCCUUGGCCGUGGCGGAUCUGCUCGUGGCGUCACUCGUCAUGCCCUUCGCCGUUUAUUAUCUGGUGAGCUCAAAAGCUGAAAUCAAGGGGAAUUGGUAAUCAAGAAUCGGUAAUAGUGUGAUUCAGGACAUGUUUGUCCACUUCCUGUUUGUAUGUGCAUGUUUAUAAGUUCACAUUACGUCAGUUCUGUGUGUGUGUGUGUGGGAUUUUCACAAGCAGGCAGAUAUCUGCGCAAGUGUAAGUUAACAUCUUGAACACGUAAGUCAUCUUUUAUAUAUGUUCAUAUUUAUAAAAAUAAAUACGAUACUUUUCAACUUUUCAAUCAUAAAAGUGAUUCUCUCUUUGUCACCCACCUCCUUCCUGAACCGGAAAUUAAAUUGAAAAUGGAAAGAGAUGGCAGCAGCACAUGAGUAGUUUCAUUAAUUUCCAAGUGAUAUUGCUUGCCGAAAAAAAUCUUCACAAUAGGAUGUUAUUAAAUACGGGGGAAUCUCAUAGAAAUGAGUGGAUGACAUUUCGUAGAAUGAGAAUCAAAUUAAAAGCAAAACUGUGUCGUUAUAACGCUAUAAUAGUUGUUCAAGAAAUGAAAGGGUGACAUUCCGUUUGAAGAGAAGAAAAAACAGUGAAUAAAACGCACUGUAGCAUCAAAAUAAUUAGUCUUGUAUUUUGAUAUGACUUAAAUGAUAUACAGAAUUGGUACUAUGCCUUUUGUCUCAUAGUGUGUUCUGGCGUUCAGUAUCAAAAAAGCAACCCUGCCGAUAUUGGUAUAAUCAGUAUCAUUCACAAAAAUCUCCACAUCCGUCAUAUUUGACAUCCACUCACUCGCUUACGUCACCGCGUGACGUAAGGAGGUCGGAAAAAUUGAACCGGAAACCAAUAAAAAAAAAUUAAUCAAAUUGAAUAUUCCUAUUUCAAGUCAACGCACAUACAGAGACCACUUCUAACAUUUUUCAAUUGGAGUUUUGAGUUGUAUUAAUCAAUAAACUCGCAUUGCAUAAGCGGAGGUUGAGGUUAAUGGAAUAACCGAACAUUUCCAAUUAAAAUACCGAAAGGAUUUAGCAAAUGUGUUCACCAAAAUGGAAUGACGAAACGAAGGUUUAUCAAAAUUUUUAUAUAUCUGAACUUACUCAACAUACAGUAUCUUGACCAUGAAGAUUCCC